AUGAACCCCAUCUACAAGGGUUUCAGGACCCUACUAUGGGCGCUUUAUUUCAACUUGGGAGCAUCUUUGAUAUCAAUGACCCAGGUCCUGUCCUUGCCCCUGGCUCUGAUUGCGCCAGGAGUAUACCACCGACACAUCAACAAAACCGAGGGCCACUUUGGAGCAUUCCUACUCAAGAUGAACCAGCUCUUUGCGCCUUCGGAUAUCAUCCUCACAGGCGAUGAGAGCGACGAGACAUUGUUAAACUUGCCGGAUCGCUUGGUGCUGAUCUCGAACCACCAGAUCUAUUCAGAUUGGAUGUAUCUCUGGUGCUUUGCAUAUCUUGCAGAGAAGCACAGGGCGCUCAAGAUUAUUCUCCGGGGCGACCUGACCUGGAUCCCUGUCUUUGGCUGCGGCAUGCGUUUUUUCGACUUUAUCCUGCUGAAGCGCAAUGACUGGGCGCAUGACAAGCGUGCGAUUGAAGAAAACUUGGAUCGUGCCAGCAAGGGAGGGCCUCUGUGGCUCGUGGUCUUCCCAGAGGGGACCGUUGUUUCCAAGGGAACGCGUAAACGAUCAACCGCGUUUGCAGAGAAGGCUGGACUGACGGACCAUCGCCAUGUGCUACUGCCCCGUACCAGUGGCCUGUUUGUGUGCAUUAGCAAACUUCGGGGAUCAGUCGAGUACAUCUAUGACGCCACCGUGGGAUAUUCUGGAGUUCACUAUGGCGAGAUUCCUCAAGAGCUGUAUCCUUUGCCUGGGUUGUACGUGGACCAAGCACAGCCCAAGGAAAUCAACAUGCAUCUGCGUCGAUUUGCAAUCAAGGACAUUCCAGAGACAGAACCGGAAUUUGUGGAUUGGGUUCGUGCACGGUGGCAGGAGAAGGAUGAUUUGAUGGAGGAGUUUUACACCACCGGAAAGUUCCCCUCCAAGCUGACAUUGGAGGACAUUAGUGGGUCUGAGGAAUUUACAGAUUCAAAGAAGGGACAGACGCAGGGACAGAGUAUCAGGAUUCCGUUGAAGUCGCGCAACAUGCUGGAUUACCUGUCGCCUUCCGCCCUCAGUGUGAUUGCCUUGCCCAUCGUGGCAUUUGCGAUCCGUUAUGGGCUCCAGCACUCUUCAUAG